AUGUUUCCGCAGACAAGCAAAUCUAUUGUCUUUGACAGUUUUCCCGAUCCUUCUGACGCCUGGGAGAUCGCCGAGACGAUCGGGAAAGGGACCUAUGGCAAAGUAUACAAGGUGCUGAAUAAGGUCGAUAGCAGCGAGGCGGCCGUCAAAGUACUGGAUCCAGUUCAUGAUAUCGAUGAGGAGAUCGAGGCAGAGUACAACAUUCUGAAAGCGCUCUCUGAUCAUCCCAAUGUGGUGAAGUUUUUCGGAAUGUUCUACAAGAAGGAUCCUAAAAAUGGAGACCAGCUGUGGUUGGUGCUCGAGCUGUGUAAUGGAGGCUCAGUGACCGAUCUGGCCAAGGGAACUUUAAAAAGAGGAGAGCGAAUGGACGAAGCUGUCAUUGCAUAUAUCUUACAUGGGGCACUCAUGGGCCUGCAUCAUUUACACGAGAAUAAAACCAUCCAUCGAGAUAUAAAAGGGAACAACAUCCUCCUGACCACUCAGGGGGGCAUCAAGCUGGUUGACUUUGGUGUAUCAGCUCAGCUUACCAACACACGUCUCCGGAGGAACACCUCUGUCGGAACGCCGUUCUGGAUGGCCCCUGAGGUCAUAGCAUGUGAGCAGCAGUUGGACUCGGCAUAUGACGCUCGCUGCGAUGUCUGGUCACUCGGUAUUACUGCCGUCGAGCUGGGAGAUGGUGUCCCACCUUUGGCAGAUCUCCACCCCAUGAGGGCUCUCUUCAAAAUCCCAAGGUGA